CUGGUAGAACAACAGCCAAGAGCUGUGGGGAAGCGGCCUCACACCCCAGACCAUGCACUGUCGUCUGUCCCACAGAGACCACCCCCUUCCCUCCUCGUCCCUGACUCCCCAAAAACACUCCCAUUGUUUUUAAGUGGAUCACGUGGGCUUAUGCUCUUCAGCUCAAGUGCAUUUGUUAUGUGGUGAUUGUUUAAAGGAUUUUGCCUCCAUCAACAGAAAAGUGGAGAGGAUAACCUUUUGGAAUUCAGCCUAGGGUUUUCUCUUUGACGUUUUGCUCGCUCCGGGCUCUUGCACUUUCUCUCACUUUCCCUGGGGAAAGGCUGAAACUUAAGAGAUUUAUCCUGAAGAAUUCAGUCCAAACAAACUUAACUGGCCUCAUAGUGACACCAUGUACAGCUUUAUGGGAGGGGGCCUGUUCUGUGCCAUUGUGGGGAACAUCUUGCUGGUGGUCUCCACAGCUACAGACUACUGGAUGCAAUACCGUCUGUCUGGCAGCUUUGCCCAUCAGGGUCUGUGGAGAUACUGCAUGUCUGGGAAGUGCUACAUGCAGAAUGACAGCAUUGCCUACUGGAAUGCCACUCGUGCCUUUAUGAUCCUGUCUGCCAUGUCUUGCUUCGCUGGCAUCAUUGCAGGAAUCCUCUCCUUCGCUCACUUCUCUGCUUUUGAGCGGUUCAAUCGCUCGUUCGCUGCAGGGAUCAUGUUUUUUGUUUCAACUCUCUUUGUGUUGCUUGCAAUGGCCAUUUACACGGGAGUGACCGUCAACUUCCUGGGCAAGCGUUUUGGAGACUGGCGUUUCUCCUGGUCGUACAUACUAGGCUGGGUGGCACUACUCAUGACCUUUUUUGCAGGUAUUUUCUACAUGUGCGCCUACAGAAUGCAUGAGUGCAGAAGAGUGGCAGGCCCACGCUAAACGGAAGUACAUAACAUUAAAAAAAAAAUCUAAUUAUACCAGCAUAAUAAAAAAAACAUGGAAAUAUGUAAAUUUAA